AUGAGCAAGGAGUGCGAGGAGAUGGAAGGAAGAGCUGCUACCCCGAAAGGAGUAGUUCCUUCUUCACAGCCGAAUGGAAAGGAGCCAGGUACCGAAAUAAUGUACAUCAGAAUACUUGUACAAUUGUUUUGUUAUUUAAUAUUGGUUACAAAGGCCAUACAUUGUAUUUGAAUCUUUAACGCUUUGAUUUACUUCGCAUGUGGGAAGGUUUUGAAAUAGUUUCUGGUUGGAUAUGGUUUGCGAAAUUAAAUUUAGGUUGUAUGUAACGAAUUUAGCUUACGUUUGUUGAACCUUGUUAAGUUAUGUCUGUGGAACAUAUAAUGGGUCUAAAUACUGUUGAGCAGUGUUAGAGACGUGCUUGUUACCUUGGAAACCUAAAUUAUUUUAUUCUCCGAUAUCUCUAUCUCACGAGUGAUUGUUUAUGUGUUGCGACUCUCAGUUCGUCUACUGCUACUCAACGAAGAAACAGAAAGAUGUAGUAAGAAGACUGUACUGUUUUCCUUUAUACGUGUAUUGUCUUAACAUUCGUUAGAAAUUUCCUCUAGCCUUGAUUAAGAAUGAUGCGAAAGAGCUGUGAAGAAGGAUAUUUUAAACGCAAUUUUUGCAAAAAUGGUUUCAAGUAGCUUUGAUUUGUUUAUGUUUAAUUUGGUCGCUGAUCAGGGCAAAUGUUGCCUACAGUAAGUUCCAAGGCUCAAAACAAUGUCUAGGCUGGCACUGGUCAAGUUGUCCCAUCAAACCUAAUUUUGCUUGAAACCAACCCAUGACCUGGAGCCAAAGAUUUACCCAUCAGGCCCUCCCACUUACUCAGUAAGGACAUUUUAUGACCAAUAACUCAUUGUAUUCUUUCAGCCCAGAGAAAUAAAGGUAACUGGAGAGGUAGAAAUAGAAGAGGAUACAACAGUGGUAGAUAUCCCAAUCAAGACCGUUAUAGACAACAGAGAGACUCGUAUGACAAGAGAGAUGGGUUCAAUCAACCACAGAGGCGUGGAGCUAUGCCAGACAGGAGGCCCCCCACAAGAAGUUUCUAUCAGUCUGGUGUAGAUUCAAAAAGGGUAAACAUGCUUACUUUUGACUUUUUACUUUUUUUAAAGAUUGCUUUGAGACAAUUUGGUGUGUAAGACAACCUUUUGCUUCUGGGUAUGAUGUGCUAGUUUUAAAAGGAAGUAUGUUGGCCAAAGCUUGUAUGAAACCCAGAAAUCUCAUGAAAAUAAAUAAAUUUGCAUACUUAUUGUUCAGAAAAAAGGAGGUGAGGUGAGGUAAGGGAGGUGUAACAAGAGCUUAAUUACUUUGGUCUUGGAAAUUGGUGGCUGUUCAACUCAGGCCACAUGUUUGAAUCACAACCUUGAAUCUACCAAAUUAAAAUGAUAAUGGAUGAGAAGUAUGUGGAAAAAGUUUUGAAUCUGUACAGGUUGUUGCAUGGUAGUAUUCAGGCUCUUAUUCAUGACAUCUCAUUCUCCUAGGAGUCUGUCUCAGAUGCACUAGAAGACUAUCCAGUCACUGGUACUACUGCUGGGUCGAAAAAGUAUGGCAUGUCACUCAAUCAUCUUUUGAACUUCAAAUAUGCACCUAGGGAAAAGCCCCUCGCUUAUCUCCCCAGAAAUGGUCGCAAAAAGUACACUCCAUUCAAUAAAGAACAGUUCAUCCAAGCUAAGUGAGUAUAUAUUUCAUAUUGGAUGUUUUGGUGUAUAGUAUCACUGAGUAUUUUUACAAGUUGUGCUAAAUAAAUAACCAAUGGCCCAAAUAACCAUGCAAUAUCGAAGGAUAUUUGUACUCUAUUCGCAUGUUAUUUUUACUCGACUUUGUGCAGUUGGACAAUAACUAUGAUGACUUCAAAUGUUUCAAAUUGAUUCAGCUACUCCAGGAAACUCUUUUUCAAGGUAGUUUGAUCAAGGGUCAGUGAAUAUUAACAACAAUAGAACUAACUGUAGAAGGGAAAAAAGAAACAGCCACAGCAAAAUGGCUUAGUGCUCACUCAUCUGGUUAGAACCCUUGAAGUUUCAAAUUUUAUUGUUCAUUAUUAUUUUCUAGCUUUCAGUUUGUAGUGUCUGAUUCUGGUGAUUAUGAAAUUCAUGCCAUGGACCCUGAUGUGCUUGUGGACUGGGAUUUGAUAGAACAAGUGGUGAGUUCAUUACAUCAAAACUUUUAUAAUUUCUUCCUAAAAUCAUCUGACAAGUGUAAAAAUUUAUUUAUGCAGAUUAUUUUGUUAAUGUUAUCAAUUUAUCUUGAUUUAUUUUCACAGCGAAUCUUAAGCCAUGAGGUGCCAUCAUGCCCCAUCUGUUUAUAUCCCCCUGUUGCAGGUAGAUGUGAUACUGUUUAACAAAUUAAUUGACUUUAAACAGGUACAUAUUAAGUUAAGAAGAAAAUGUCUUAAAAUACAAUGAAAGGUUAUGUUGAUGAGCCCUUCCCUAAAAUUUGAAUAGAUUUGCCAAGAUGUUGAGGUUUUGUAACAGUAUUUGUCUCAACAUCAACAUCAACAUCCCCAAAAAUUUGAGUAGAUUUGUCAAGAUGCUGAGAUGACAUGAUAGUAUUUAUCUCAACAUCAACAUCCCUAAAAUUUGAAUAGAUUUGCCAAGAUGCUGAGGUUAUGUAAUGAUAUAGGUCUCAACAUCAAAUUCCACACUGGCAAGCUCAUUGGCUGGAAAAAAUCUUUUUUAGGUUAUUGUAAUCUUAAUGGAUUUCACUGUCUGUUUUUUAGCUAAGAUAACCCGAUGUGGCCAUAUCUACUGCUGGUCUUGUAUCCUUCAUUACUUAAGUCUGGUAAGUGUUUGGUGAUACCCAUGACUUUUUAAACCUUUACUCCCAGGAGUGACAAAGACCUAAUUUCUCCUUACAAUAUCAAUACAUCAAUAAGCACACAAGUAAUGAGAUUAAAUGAAAACAUCAGUCAAAGCAUUAUUAGUUGAUUCCAUAUUUAAUUCUCUAAACUAACCUCAUGAUAAUCAUAUGGUCGACAUAAAGGAUAAUUAUUAAUGAGAUAUUGGGAGUGAAUGGGUUAAUACUCUGAAGUUACUUUUUCUCACAUGCAUUAUAGAUGAUAACUAGCACACUAAAUUACAUUUCCUCAAAGCACAAAGGAACCAUGAGAUCUGGCACUGUCCUGGAGGGAGAUAUCCUAGUCUCUUGCCAAGGGAACCUAGCACAUUUGCUAUAGACAUACCCAUUCCAAUUCCCUGGUGGUGGACAACACUUUGACAGUUUUUCCUAAGAAAACAUAAUGAACCUAAUCAGAAACUGUUAAAUUUCAUUGUAAUGAUGCUGUGUGGGGUUAAAACUAUAGGACUGCUAGUUAUUUUAGGAUAAUACAGGGAGGUAACCCUUUCACUAGAAAGGAAUUUUCUCCUCACAUUGUUAAUAAAUUUUCAAGCAGAAGUGUCAAAAGAAUGAAGAGAAAAGCAAGUAAGGGAUGAUCUCUGAUUGGAAGCUUAAUUCUUAGAUCCAAAAUUAUAAGAAAGGUAGAACAGACAGUGCAGAGAAAAAAUAUAUAGAUCUUGGGACUGCAAGGGGUUAAAAGAUAAAUAACUCAAUUGAAAACUUGCUUCAACAGAGCGACAACUCUUGGCACAAGUGUCCCAUUUGUUUUGAAGCUGUCCAUAAAAAUAACUUGAAGAGGUACAAUAAUACUAUCCAAGCCCAAAGUAAUGAUGAAUGUGAUGUACUAUAAUCAAACUUUGUGCAUAUUUAAGUUUCUUUUGGUUCUGCAAUUUUGAUGUACUUAAGAGUCAGUUUCUCAGAGCAGUGCCUAUUUUUCUGUUAUGCUUUUUGGCUUACAGGAAGAUAUAAGUUCAAUAUUGUUCACAGAGCAUUUUCAAAACAGUUGGGUAAGCUGUUGCUCUGUACCUCUGCUUAAGCAAUUUUUGAAGUGUUGAAGGUGACAAAAAAGUAUAACAUGCAUCUUUCUUUGGUUCAUAUAAUUUUUAUUAAUUGACUAAGUGCUAAAUUUUUUUAGUUAUAAAACCCACAGAUUUCUUCUUUUAGAUUUUCACCAAUUUUUCUGUUUUCUUUUCAGUGUUGUUGCCAUGGAAUCACACCCAUUUUCAGUUGGUGAUACUAUCACCAUGAGGCUUAUGAAGCGAGCUAAGGUACUCUUAACCCUUUCUGCUCUAACAUCAGUGUGCAUAUUCUCCAUACUGUUCUCUAUACAUUUCCUAAGCUGCUGACUAGGAGAAUUUGCUUAACAGUUGAGAGCUUUUUUAGUUGUUGAUCAUUUUCGUUAUUCUCAUUACCUUAAAAUGUGAUUCAGGGGUGAAACAGCAAGGAGAAAUUACCGUAAAAACCUGCAUAUAAGCCACACUUUUUUUUCCAAAAAUUGUCACUAGAAAUUAGAGGCGAGGCUUAUCUUUGGGGAAAUUUAAAAAAGGUGUCAUGAAUGUCGUCCAAUCUAAUGCCUGGUUACUAAGCUUCGAAUGUUCUGUUCACGUUCUUGUUGUAAUGCAAAAAUAUAUGGAAAAACUGUGUUGAAUGAAGAAAUUCCUGUCAACAAACACCAGAAAAACAUCAAUCAUAUGUCAAAGUUGGUAGAAAUGAUGUUCAUUGUAUCAAAGUGCUAAAAUUGUGGGUAAGACUUUGAAGUAUUUUCCGUUGCAAAGUGAAUUAGUGAGUUUAUGUUUGAUAAACAGUGGAUGAAGAAGACUUCUCAAGACACGACUUUGGAUUUCUUUUGAUUUCUUUCAAAAAACUUUUUUUCCAAAAUUUGAGCUGCUGAAUUCAGGGUGCAGCUUAUCUGCGGGUGCGGCUUAUCUGCGGGUUUUUACGGUAGAUGCUCACCACUUAAAGGGUGUAAAGGGUUUAACUCCUCUAAAGUUUAACUGAAUCACAAUCUUGAAUGGCCUCCUCUGUUUUAUAUCUUAAAAUGGUUUGUUAAAACGGGUCUUAAGGAAAUGGCCUGGUUACAUUUGCACAAGGUUACUGCUAUGAACAGUUUCUUACAAACUCCAUUGAAAGUGAAUUAAUUUAGUUUUUAUAUCAUAUGGAAAUAUCAAAUUGAUCUGACAAUUGUCAAAUGUACUAUAAUUAUGAGAAACAGGCCCAUAAAUUGUCUUCAAGUCUCCAAGUUGAAAAGGCAAGCCAUAAACACUUUUAUUGAAACGGUGUGAAAAGAAGAUAAAAUAGUUGUCUGAGAUUUUGUGGUACAAAGCUUGCCUUCUUGCCCACAAGGAUAUCAAACAUAAUAAUUAAAGACAAGUCUUAAGUGUUUUUGGCUGUGGAUGGCAAUAUGUAUUUUUAUCUUUUUUAGAACUCUCUGCUUGCUAUUCCUAAAGCUCAAUGGCACAAGAGGGAAUUAAAGCCAUUUGGAAUCAAUGGUAAUAUAGACCUUUUAAAAAAAUCACAUUAAGAGAGGAAAUGUGUGGGAUUAUAUCUGGUUAAAAUUUUUUAUUGUUUUUCUCUCUCAGAUGAGGUAGAUACACGUUAUGCAAAACUACUGCUGGCCUCUCCUGAUGAAGUUUUAAAACAGGUAAUUGGAUUGUUUCAACACUGAUUAAAACUGUGAAGGAGGGUAAAUAUUUAAUAGUUGUCUGCACAAUAUGUUUUGAGUUUGAGGCUACUGUUGGUUUCAUUAAAACAGAUCGUUGAACCUGAAGAGACAGCAUUGAGUACACAGCUUGUGGAAGCCAAAUGUGAACAGGUAUGUGGGAAAUUCUUGUAUUGAGAGAAGGUAGUUGUUAUUAUCAUUGUGCCCUUUACCCAGCUUGAUUCAUCAGAUAGCGUUAACUAUGUAAUAAAAGAGAUGACAUACUUAAAGCUUAGGGAUAUUCUCAGAAAUUGGGAAAACUGUUAUUCAGGUCUAAUUCUUGUAAUUUGUAUUUUAUUUUUCUGCUCUACAGGCAGAGGAAGUUUGUUACAUUGAAGUUGCACUGGAAGAAAUUAAGGUACAAUAGCCCCAUGUAUGAAACUCAAAGAGCUAACUGUGAUGUAACCAUUUCUCAGGUGUCUUUUAUUCUUUUAUUCUUUUAUUCUUUUAUUCUUUCAUUCUUUUAUUCUUUUAUUCUUUUAUUCUUUUAUUCUUUUAUUCUUUUAUUCUUUUAUUCCUCCACUAUCAGUAACUAAAGCUUUUGAAUCUCUCGGGUAUGUUUGCAGGCUCGUCGUGAAAAACUGAGUAAAUCAAAGGAUUGUGUUGAAGAAGUGAGAAGCCUCAUGGAGAGUGAGUGUCAGUUAAGGAUCGGUUAAGGAUCCUGAAUGACUACUGCUUUAAAUGUAACCUGCAUCUUUAUUGAUUAAUGAAGUGCAUUCAAUUGCUGGUUAGUUUCCUAUUGAUUCCUGGGGUUGGUGCUCUUUCUUAUAGGUUUCAGCUUAGUUCUUUGGCAAUUAGACUGUUCAUCUUUGCUUGUUGUACUUCUCUAGCCUCCAAGCAACCAUACAAACAAAAAAUGCUGCAAGGUUCUUCAUGAAUUGGCUGAGAUUAAUAUUUCUAUCUUUUCAAUCAACUAUUUCUGGCAUCAUGGCUCAUCAAACUCAUUGUAUUUGUUACAACUGUUUUACACUACAUUCAUUUGAUUUACCCAAUAGUUUCUUGUAAAGCAUCACCCCCAUUCCACUUGAUUUUCUGAAUGUCAUGGACCUUUUAUCACAAAUAGACCUUAAACUCCAGCUCCAGCUUUUGUUUCCACCAACAAAACACCACAGUUUCUUUAGAAACUUACCUCUUUAUUCACUUGUUUCUAUUUACUACGAGAUGUAAACUGGCUCUAAAGUUGAAGUUCUUCUUUUCCCUUUUCACAAGAGUACAGUUUUAGUGUUUUGACCAGACUGGGUAUUACAACUUUGAAAGCAGUAUUAUUUUGUUUACUGGGUUGAAGGUUUCUUGAGUAAUUAAUUGAUUUGAUAAUGUCAUCAGGUUCACUGCAGUAUGAGGAAGACAAAAAAGAUGUCAAAGAAGUUACCGGCUGGAAAGUACUUUCUCCAGGGGCAUUUCAGGUAAGAAGUUGCUUUCUGACCUGUCUAAGAAUGACAUUUCAUACUCUAUCCAAGGCCAUAUUUAAGAGACAGAAGCCAGCAAACUAGUUUCUAGCAACUUUUCUCAUCAGGUUAAGGUAGGAACUCAAAGGUGAUAUUGGAAAAGGGUAACACUUCAUACAAAAAAACCAUCUGCCUUUCAUCAACAUCUUCUAAACUUGAAGAAAACCCUACAUAUCAGUUCGUUUUUCCAGUGAGGAACUAGCAUAUUCAUAGGGUCUCUUUGGGUGAGGAACAGGGUUCUGGGUAUGCUCUGUGGGUUAUUUAGCUUGCAUUUCUAUCCUUUAGGAUGUUGGCGAGUAUGAGGCAGCCUUCUCUGAUGAAGAAGAUGGAACAGUGGAGGGUGAAAAACAGAAGUCAAAUUUUUAUGUGAUUGAUUCAUUAUCCAAAGAAACAUGCGAAACAACAGAGGUGGUAGAAGAUUUUGAUAGUGUCACUUACCUUAGGAGAGCACGACAGCACAGCAGUGAGAGUACAUCAGGAGAUUCUAGUUCAGAGUCUUCAAGACCUUUAUCUCCUGGGGCUGUCACAACUCAGCACUACUACUUCUAUCAAGGUACAUGAAAUGGUCUAUUUAUAAAAUGUUAAAAGAAUUAUAUUAGCAUUAGGCCAAUUUUUGUCUUGUGUAGUUCAUGUCUUUUUUUUUCAGCCAUUUGUUAUCUCUAAAGUUACACUUUGAUUAUUCAUAAUCAACCCUCUAACUCCUAAAGGUGGUUAACAUGUAACUUCUCCCUAAAAUAUCUAAGUAUACAUAUCCAGCAAACUCAUCAUGUAAAAGUUAGCUUGAUCUGCCACUGUACUGGUAAUACCAAAUGGGUGUAACUAAUUUUUUUAAAAAAAAGUGUUACAGCUAGAUAGGAGAAUUGACAGUCAGAUCUUGAGAGCUAAGGGAUUAACAUACCAGCACUUCUCUGUUUAAAUAUCACACAUGAAACUUAUAAAAUCCUAGAGCAAUCCAAAAAUUUUUGUCUCUACAGCUGAUGAUGGCCAGAAUGUAUUCUUGAGCUCUAUUAAUGCACGCUGCUUGAUUAAGGUAUUCCUUUUAUUUUUUGGUAAAAUUGAUGAAAAACUUUUUAUGAAAGAAGUCCUAAGAUUUGUUUGAUUGACUAAGUUAUUUACUUUCCAGGAGUAUGGAAGUCUGGAGUAUUGUCCAGAAUAUAUUACAGGAGAGAUUGUGGAAAUGCAAGCUUUGACCCAGAAUGAGGUCAGUCUUAGGAUUUAAUACCCCAACUUUUCAAGAUGUAAAUUAGAUCUCUUACUUUUUUCUGUGUGCAUGUUUUUGUCUUUGUUUUUGUUUUUUUCCUGGUUCAGAAAGGCACACAGAGGAUAAUACUCUAAAUGUCAGCCAUGCUGCUUACUUCAAGACAAGCAGUGUGGUUAAGUUGUCAUGCAAUAUCAUAUGUUGUACAAAUAAAAUUGUUUCUCCAGACCCUUUAUGAUCCUAGGUCACCAAAUGUCCCCUUCUAAAAUAGUUCAGCUUAAGGUACUGCUCUCUUUAGCCACCUCUCUUUCCUCCCCUCCCUCUUCCCCCCACCCGUUUCAAGACAGUACUCAGGCUUCUAUGUCACAAUUUGAGAGCCAAAGGUUUACAGACAGAUUUCAAGGAAGGAUCUCGUUCAAUUUUUGGCAUGGACCUCACUGUUUUCCUUUCAAGACUUUGUCUAGAACUUAUUGUUAAGUUGUAACAGUGUGUAAGCUGUAUACUAUAGUUCUUUGGCAAUUUUUUCCUGUUUAAUGUGACUAUGUACUUGUAGGCUCUUCGUAAACAAUUCCGAUACAUGAGCCAUCUUCCUUUAACCUGUGAGUUUGUUAUCUGUGAACUGGACAUCAAACCACCUGUUGUGUCACGCCACACUCUCAAUUUCUUCAGAGGUGAGGGACACUGUACAGUACAUAUGCUUCACAUUCUUGCAAUAAUGUAAGGAAAGGUGAAUUAAUUUGAGCAAACCCUUUCACUGAUCUCCAGUUAUUUUUAGCAAUGUGCUCAUCUUAAAAAAACUGUUGAAGGAUACAACUCCAUGCUGCAACACCCAGCUGAGCCCUACUGCCAGGCUGGUUUACCUUUAAAAUAUUUUGCAGACCACUUAUCUUAGAACAAUUGGUCUGUAGUAUUUACUUCUUCUUUUUCCUUUGUGCAGAGGAGCUUCAACGCAGAAGACAGCAGAGGCAGAAGAAGUUAAGGAUGGAGAAGAAGAGGGAGCAUAAAAUUUCAUCCAGUGACAAUUGUUUAUACAGCUCAGGAAGAUUUACUAGUGAGUAGGAUUAGGAGAAACCAUGCCGUUGUUCAGUUCUGAUUUGCAUGUGACAAUAUAAAACCAAUUAUAUUAACGGUCACUUAAAAAUCUGUGUAGAAAUUCUCGUAUCCGUUGUGGUAUUUUAAGUCUAGUCUGUUAAGUACUGUAGCUAAUGUAAAUGAAUGUGUCCAUCGUACAGGUGAAUCAGUGGCUCCUGAACGCUUAAAUCUUGGCAGUGAGUCAGAGUUCCCGGCUCAGCACGGGCCAUUGGCAUUCUCUCCACCCGGUAACUCGUCACCUAGCCCAUUCAUGCAGUUUGCAGCUUCCAUGGCUGGUCAAGGUACAAAAGACAUUCCCUUCAAUUUGCAUUCAAUAGAAAACAUUCAGUGAAUUUCAAUAUGGUUCCUCUUGGUUUUCAGAUGAAGGUUAUGCUGCAGCAGGAGAAACAGAUGGAGCCAAUUUGCAAGAUGAUCUGGGACCAAACCCUCCAUCUUUUGCUGAGGUUAGUUGAAAACGAAAUGUCAGUUACAGGUGUCUAAACAAAGUUUAGCCGUUGCUUAGCCACGCGUGCUCUAGACAGUCUUAAACUUUGUCGAACGUCGUCCUUAAACGUUAAUUUCGUCAAUAGUGUCAGGAAUAAGUGCCCUUUCCCGAAUGGACAUCCACCCCUUAGGCUAUGCUGUCAAACAAACAACCCUCUCGAAUAAGCCUCUCCCCCUUCUCCCUAGUUUUCUCAAAUAGUAAGGAUCCGAGGAAAACAAUUUUCUAUCGCCCAUUUAUAUCUUUUGAAUCUUCGAUUACAUUGGAAUCAGAACAGGAAAAAAUUAGCACCCCUCUCCCCCCUCGAUUAAACGCCCUUCUUCCAACUAGCCUCACUCCUUUCAGCCGAAAUUUUAAAUAAGAGUCCGUUAGCUUAUUCCAGGAACUACGUUACAUCUGAAAGUGCGCUCGGUUUUUUCCUCGACUAACUUCAAUAGUUUUGCUUUGUUACUAGGCACUGAGGUCCAAGAAGGCUGUUGAUAUUCCGAAACGCGUGGAGAAGCCUACUCUAUCAGGUACAUCAAGGAUCACUUCCCGAGUAAAACAUAUCCAGCAGUCAGUAACAAUCUGUCAGUUUUGCAUCUACUUUGGCAUCCAGUGAGAUCGACAUUAAGCGCGCCUAUUCUUGAAACCGCUAAGGCGGGCGCCAUAGUCUCAAUGCUGUAAAUAAGGCACUCAGGGCAUCAUUAACUUAUAAUUGCCCUUCUUUUAAGAAUUACCAAAUAAGUUUAGUGUAAACACGCGUACCAUCAUUUUUGUGGCAUCCUAAUCAUUUUAGUGUGAUUAUUUCGUUAAACUUGAUCGUGCCAUACAUGAAUUAUUUAGCUAAUCUUGAGGGUAGAUUUUUGCUGUCUUCUUUAGGAUGUCACCCAUCGCUGCUCUCUUCCCCCUUCCAAACCAUAAUAUUCUCAGGGCACAAUGCGAUUAAACUAGUUUAAUCAGUCUCUCUAUUCUUUGUAGCAUCAGCGAGGAAGAAGAUGGAAGACGAGGACGAGGAGGACUGUGCGCCAGUGCCUACUUUUCAGUCUGCCUUCACCGAGGCUCUGGUCGCAGCUGACUGGACCAGAAGUGGCUUUUACCAGGAAAGUCAAGGUGAGGCUUGUUGUCUCUACUCUACCGUUCAUUCGCGUAAUUAAACUCACAUUCUUGGAGAAGCCACGAGAAAUCAUCGGGUCAUCGGGUCUGUGUAGAAAUAAAUGAAAGUCGAAGGAAAUGAUGGCUAAUUUAGGGAGCUCCUGGUUGUCUCGCAAAUUCUCCCUGUCAGUACCAUCCUGAGUAAAGAGGACAUAGCCGAGAAUAUGAAUACUAAUGGAGGGCGUAAAGGGUUGAAGGUGAAAAAUUCGGUCAGUUCAGUUGAGGUGGUCGUGUUGUUGAGAGACAAGUGGGAGUUGCCCGUAGAUGCUGACUGGAUAAAAGACUUGUCGAUUCGAGCGUAUUUAUAGAGAACUAAGCCAAAAGCGCAUGUCCAUUUGAUUUUUGAUCUUUUAACUAACAAGCUGUGUAAUUCCCUCUAGGCGCUACAGGGGAACGGAACAGUGGAAAGAAGCAAAAGAAAAGCAAAAAGAAACUUCUCUUUACUACAGGAAGUUUCAUGAAGUACACUUAA